GCCGGAGCAGAAGAAGCAGGAUGAACCGCGCGAGCUGACAGCCACCGCUGCCGCCCGCGCCCAGGCUCGGUCUCGCUCUCCGCGCCCGGGGCCGCUCCCCGCCUCCCGCCUCUCCUGGCCGCCCGCGGGGCGGCCCGCCCCCUCUGCACCUCCGGGCCCGGAGCUGCCUCCAUCGCUCCUGCAUCCCGGACGGGGGGAGGAGGAGGCGGAGCAGGAGGCGAGCCGGAGCCGCCGCCGCCAACGCCGCCGCCGCCGCCGCCGCCCGAGCAGGACAGAGCGCGCCGCAGCCCCGCGCGUCCGGCCGCCGCCCGCGCCCAUCCAGCAGCUGCGCCCGAGCCACACCGCGGGACAGCCCGGGCCGCGGCGCGCCUCUGCCCAGCCCGGCCCGGCCCAGCCCAGUCCCUGCACCGGGCGGCCCGGUGGCCGGCCCGCCCCCGAGGGCGCCAGGCGCGGCGGGAGGAUGCCGAAGCCGACGCUGCUGCUGCGCGGGGGCUGGGAGCGCGAGCGCAGCCCCGGGGACUCGGAGCUGGGCCGCCAGUUCCGGGACUGGUGCCUGCGCACCUACGGCGACUCGGCCAAAACCAAGACGGUGACACGCAGCAAAUACCAGCGGAUCGCCGAGGUCCUGCAGGGCGGCGGCGGGACCGGCGCGGGCAGCGGCCCGGCGGCCGGCGAGAAAGGCAAGUUCCAGUUCUGGGUGCGCUCCAAGGGCUUCCGCCUGGGCAGCGGCCGGGAACCCAAGAUGGGCCAAGUGGUGUAUGUGCCGGUCAAGACGGGCUCGGGGGCAGAUGGCCUGUCGGAGCCCGAGGGCAUCUCUCUGAAACGGGUUGCUGUGGUGGAAGAUUUCUUUGACAUCAUCUACUCGAUGCACGUGGAGAGCUCCGCAGAGCCAGGCAAAGCCCCCAAGCACGCUGGGCAGAAGAAAACCUACCGAGCGAUCGCGGAGACCUACGCCUUCCUCCCCAGAGAGGCUGUGACUCGGUUCCUCAUGAGCUGCACGGAAUGCCAGAAGAGGAUGCACUUUAACGCCAGCGGCCCGGAGCCCAAAGAGAAUGAGCCUCCAUCCCCUCUGGUAUCUGGCAUUAUUGACUACAACAUGCCCCUCACCUCCACCUACUUGAAACAGAUGAAGCUGCGAGUGAUGAACUCUCAGGAGCAGGAUGAAACUUCAGUGAGUAGUGAAGAUUUUGAUAUGAAUGACUCCACAUGGAUGUCAGCUGACCCCCACCUGGCCUCCAGCCUGAGUCCCAGCCAGGAGGAAAGGAUGCGGAGCCCGCAGAACCUCCAUAGCCAAGAGGAUGACGACUCCUCAUCCGAGAGCGGCAGCGGCAAUGGCUCCUCUACCCUGAACCCAUCCACUUCGAGCAGCACGCAGGGCGACCCCGCCUUCCCUGAGAUGAAUGGCAACGGGGCUGCAGCCCCCAUGGACUUCACUGCCAGCGCUGAGGACCAGCCCAUCAACUUGUGUGACAAGCUCCCACCGGGCACAGGUCUGGGCACGCCGUCCUACCCUUCCGAUGGCUGCGGCACUGACGGUCUACGGAGCCGCGUCAAGUACGGGGUAAAGAGCACUCCUGAGUCUCCCCCCUACAGCUCUGGGAGCUAUGAUUCCAUCAAGACCGAAGUCAGUGGCUGUCCCGAGGACCUGACAGUGGGCCGGGCCCCGACCGCAGAUGAUGACGAUGAUGAUCAUGAUGACCAUGAGGACAAUGACAAGAUGAAUGACUCAGAGGGCAUGGACCCUGAACGGCUCAAGGCCUUCAAUAUGUUUGUGCGGCUGUUUGUGGAUGAGAACCUGGACCGCAUGGUGCCCAUCUCCAAGCAGCCCAAGGAAAAGAUUCAGGCCAUCAUUGAGUCAUGUAGCCGGCAGUUCCCAGAGUUCCAGGAGCGGGCCCGCAAGCGCAUCCGCACGUACCUCAAGUCCUGCCGCCGCAUGAAGAAGAAUGGCAUGGAGAUGACCAGACCCACUCCUCCCCACCUGACCUCAGCCAUGGCAGAAAACAUCCUAGCAGCUGCCUGUGAGAGUGAGACAAGAAAAGCAGCUAAAAGGAUGCGCCUGGAGAUCUACCAGUCCUCACAAGACGAGCCCAUAGCCCUGGAUAAGCAGCACUCUCGGGACUCUGCAGCCAUCACCCAUUCCACCUACUCACUGCCAGCCUCUGCCUACUCCCAGGACCCUGUGUAUGUCAACGGUGGCCUCAACUACAGCUACCGUGGCUACGGGUCCUUGAGCAGUAACCUGCAGUCCUCUGCUUCCCUCCAGACAGGAAAUCACAGUAACGGGCCCACAGACCUCAGCAUGAAAGGCGGGGCCUCUACCCCCACCCCUCCCACAGCCACCCCUCCCAGCAACAGCACCAGCAGGACCAUGCCCACAGCCCAGCUCAGCCCCACGGAGAUCAGCGCUGUGCGGCAGCUCAUCGCUGGCUACCGAGAGUCCGCAGCCUUCCUGCUGCGUUCUGCGGAUGAACUGGAAAACCUCAUUUUACAGCAGAACUGACCCCGCUGGCCCCCAGAGUGCACGACACCAGGGAAGGAGGCUGUGCCAGCCUGGACCGAGCUUCCUGCCUCACCAGUUGGUACAUUGUUUUCUGAAAGAGGUGGGGUCCAAAAGAGCCGUUUCUAGCCGCACUCCGAGCAUCUGAGACUUUGGGCACAAGGACACUUUUGUUUUUGUUUUUGUUUUUAAUUUCACCACACAGGUGCUCUGACCUGCUUGGAAAGAGGCCAGUGGGGCAGCUCUAAAAGGGUUGGGGCUCCUCUGACAAGGCACAGGGGCUGCAGCUCUAUGUAGAAUCACCUUCGUGGACCCUGAUGUUAGAACCCCCAAUAAUUACCUUUCAAGUCUUAGGUGAGCAGAAUUGCAUAUUUAUUGAGAAGAGCAAAAGUGGACCGUUUCCUCCUCUCCCCUUAGUAAUUUAUUUUUCUGAAUGGAUUCUUUUGUGUUUGUACAGAUUGCCAGUCUGUGUCUGUCUGAUCAGAAGGAUGUAUCCCUGUACCUAACAUUCCAUAUCACUACACUGAUGGGGGCUGGGCCAGCCGAGCUGGGUGCCAGCUCGCUGCCCUGAGUGCCCAGCACACCUCUGGGAAGGCCACCACACUCCACUAGGCUGUCUUGCUGAAGAUCCCAGUGCUGCCACGGGGACACUGCCAGGCACUGCCAAGCAGGAGGACCUCACCCACACUCACUGCAGACAGAAGCACCCACCCCUCCCUACAGAGUCCCAGUCACACGGCCACCUGUAUUCUACCUCACACUCCAGCGUGGGCUUUUCCAGGAUGUGCUCCAAGUGUGUUCCGAAUGGCUGUCUCCCCAACUCCCACACAAUGUGUCUAUCUGCUGGGAGGUAAAUCAGACCCAGUGUCUAAGAGCCAGAGCCCAGAGGGGCUCGGCCCUUAAAACCAGCAGCUUGCCAUUGCCUGGCUCUUGUAGAUGCUUGACAGGAUAGUUGUGGGAGCUGGUCAAGGACCCAGGUCUAACGAACACAGGCCCCAGCCCCCAGAUAACCUGCCGGAAGGAAGGGCCACGUCUUCAGGGCCAGCUCCCUUGUCAGGCGUCUGUGUGCCCCGGGGGACCAAAGCUUCCACCCCUCACCUCAUGAUGGGAGUAAAGGGAUCAGAUCGUCUGUGGAAGUGGGGAACUAUUUGCGUUUUCCUAGGACCAGACUUUCUUCUAGAAAGGCCUGUCCUGUAAGAAACCCAGUCCCUGGAGUGUGACAAGGGACAAGAAAAAGCUUACCUGGUUUCCUUCCUCCCUGAUAGGCACUUCCUCUUGCUCUGUGCAAUACCUACCAGUGCUGCUAAAACCAGGGAUUCACCCAGACCUCAGCAGGCCAGGGGGCCUCUCCCUCAACACUCCGUAGCCAUGACAGCAGCACUCUGCUGCCUGCCCCUGCCCAGAGCUGGCAGAAGCCCUGUUGCCUUUCUUCCCUCAGAGCAAGGAGGCCUCAGGGGAGCCAGGGCUGAGUGGACAGAGAUAACCACAGAGAGCCACACUUGAUCCCAGAGCAGGUGCCCUUCCCGAACUGGUUAUGGGAAGGGACCGCUUGUGGCAGCCUGGCAGAGCGCCCCUCUGCCGGGUGGACAGGCAGUGCCAGUGCAGAUGCCCUACCUAUUCCGAUUCAGGGCUGGAAGGCAGGGCUCCCACCUGCACGCUCCCACCCUGCGGUUCGAUGUGGUCUUCGAGGCCUCCAAUGCCUACCCAGCCACACCACCUCUGCCUUCAUGUGCCCGCUCGCCAGGCCUCUGGACUGGGCCAGGACACCUGAGCCCCUACGUACAGCACAAACUCCAGUGCCCAGGGCCUUCCCACAGCUGGCCGACCAUGUGCCCAGAUCCCCACCUGCUCAGUAGGACUUCUGGAUGUUUGAAUUUGUGUAAAUAUUUAUUUUUGUGUGUGAAUACUACAAAGUAAUCAGUAGAUCUUUUUGCAAAAUGUUACCCCCCCCAGGCAAUUUGUGAAAAUAUUAAUGUUAAAAAUUGGCAGAGACAAUCGCCGCCCUAGAAUUUCUGAUAUCAAUUGCUUACCAUGUCAUUUCUGCUCCCAGAGGCAGUACCCAAGCUAGAUGAAAAUGGUUUGCAUUUUUGGAAGAGAGGAGAGAAGAGACUAGGCAGGGCCUUCUCUCCCCCUCCCCCGCUCGCCAUGGGACACACCUGUAAGAAUAAGCAUAGUCUACGUCUAAGUGGCGUUUCCUAACUGUUGCCAGCAGCCGCGACCGGCCACCAGCAGCCUGCACCCAGGGUACGGUGUGAGCACAGCUUCCACGUGUUUUGCUUUCAAGGGAAACAGAACCAAUGCCAGUGCUGAUGGCUUCCAGAUGGGCUGCGGGACAGUGGCUGCUGUCAUGCCGCCCUGGGCCUCCUCCCAGAGACGCUGUUCCAAAAGCCUCAAGAGCAGCCAUAUCAGGAGCAAGUUAGUGUGGACACGGGAUUCCAUUACCUAGUUCAGUCAGGGAACUUGUUCUGUUUUGCUUUUGUUUUAAAAGAUGCAGCUUCAAGCCUUCCCCUCCUGACUUGGGCCUGUGUUUUCCUAGGGAGAGCUUCCCAAAGCCCUGUCCAAAAGCCGCUUCAGUGCGAGGUAAGGCUCAGGGCACAGAGUAGUCAUUGGUGAUCUCAGUUGCAAUGGAAAUGCCAGUGUAGGAUCCACCAGCCCCAGAGUCCUUGCGGGGCACAUCCGAAGGUGUCGAGAGCAGUCGUGGGGCACCUGUCAGACCAGUGAUGGUGUGCGUGACCCAUCCGAAAGGAGUUCUCUCUCGCCACUCAACAAAUGCAGUUUAUUCCCGAGGACGGUGUUGGGGAGGGGCAGGCAGGGCUAGGCGGUCUCAGAGGGCUUGGAACAGGUGGAACCCAUCUGUCCCUCCCUAUUCUAAGGGCCACACAUGACCCCACAGGUGGUUAUAGGAUUAACUACCAGUUCAUUCUCGAAAUGCUGCUUUGAACUCAGAGGGUUGAUACUUUUCAUUUGUAAUUUUUUGUAAAACUUUUUACGAGAUAGUAAAGUAUUUCACCAGAAUACCAGUUUCAAUCCGUCCGUGGUCUGAUUUUUAUAUAAUUUAGUGGUGCUUUAGAAACUUUGUUUUGUUGUUUCUGAGCUCAGUAGCUCAAUCCUCUCUUGCCUGUAUCUACCUAAGACCAAUGUGAACCUUUGUAUUUUGCUCCUAAUUUUGGACUCAGUGGAAGUGUACUGUUUACAUGUACAGACGCCCCCUCCCUGUGUGUUCUGCAAGACGCGCUCUCGAGGAGGAAGACGCACCUCACUAGCUCAUCUGCUUAGCAAAGCCACAAAACAAAACCUCUCACUUUGGACCCGCUUCCACCUAAAAACGAAAACCUACCACCACCCGGAACUCAGAUUUGCCAACACACUCUGCCUGGUAGAUGCCCCGUGCCUCUAUCACGCAUUCCCUUAGGAGAGGACUCAAGCUAGCACCUCCUGCCGGCCGGGUGGGGAAUAGCACGCAGAGGAGACACUGGUAGGACUUGACCGCCCAGCCCUGGGAGGAAGUUCUUCUCUGGGCAGCAGGUAACAGGAGCAAGCCAGACAGGAGGUCAUCAAUCUGCUGGCAUAACUGAGACACAUUUUUGGGGAGAGCAGGAGUUCCGUGGCAGCUGAGACUGUGACUUGAGUGCAGAUGGUACAAGCACUUCUUCAGGGUUCCCACCACCUCUGGGGGAGGGUCAGGGGCUCCAGACAGUAAGCAUACGGCACUUACCACAAGCAGUGGAUGGCACCAACUUUUAAAGGUGACUUUAUUAAUCAAUGGUUUCACCGCUAAAUUAUAUUUUUACAGAUAUGCACCUAUGCAACUUAAUGUGGCUCUUCUAAGCAGGUGAGGACCUCCUCCUCAAUGCUCUAUAAAGUGUUUGUGUUCUGUAUAGUGAGUUUCCCAGUAAAUGUGGCUUAAUACUUUAAUUCUUAGGAUGUGUCUUUCUACGUGAUGCAGCUACUAAGUUCUGUUUUGUUUGUGGAAUGACUAGCACAGGCCGAUGCCCUCUUUCCCUCACUUACCAGAAGACCAGUGAGCUGUUAAUGAGCGGUUAUCAUCAUGGUAUUACUGCUAAAUGCACUGAUGUCAUAAGUAUGUGGAACCCUUUUUCCUUUUGAAACUGUAUAUCAUAUACCAGACUGAAUCUACUUAAUAAACACUGAACAACAAACCCAAA